UGUAGCAGUAUAUGGACAGAAGGGGUAGGCGGGCCUUAAACAGUUCUCUACAGUAUCGUGCACAAUAGAAAGUAUAAUAGAAGAACAGACCGACAGAGAGCAUAGUGUGUAUAGAGUAAACGGUUGCUUUCAGCAAAGAGAGUCAUGGUUCAAGCUAAAAGCUGGAUCCUCAAGAAGCACUUUGAGGGCUUUCCAAAAGACACGGACUUUGAGCUAAAACUAGAGCAGCUUUCUGAUCCCAAAGAUGGAGGUUUGUUUUUCACAGUUAUUAUUUCUGCUUUUCAUAUUCGCUCGUUGCAUACCAAGUGGAAUUUAUCUUGUUCCUCAGAGAUUAUUCUGGAGGCAGUGUUCCUUAGCGUGGACCCUUACAUGAGACCAUAUAGCCGUGUUCGAAUGCAAGCAGGAGAUGUGAUGAUCGGAACUCAAGUUGCCAAAGUGAUUCAAAGUAAUAAUCCUUCAUUUCCUGUGGGCUGCCAUGUGGUUGGUCGAUGCGGUUGGAGAACGCAUACUUUGUCAGAUGGGAGCGAUAUCACCAAAGUUUUGAAUGACUGGCCUCAAGAUGUCUCGCUCUCUCAUGCCCUUGGAGCCAUUGGCAUGCCUGGGUUGACAGCACUCUACGGUUUGGAGGAGGUCUGUGCCAUCAAACCAGGUGAAACCUUACUGGUGAAUGCAGCGGCAGGGGCCGUUGGUUCUGUAGUGGGUCAAAUCGCCAAAAUAAAAGGCUGCAAGGUUGUGGGUUCAGCAGGAAGUGAUGAAAAGGUGGCAUACCUGAAAGAGCUGGGCUUUGACUUGGCCUUCAACUACAAGACUGUCUCCUCACUGGAGGAAGCUCUGAAGAAUGCUUCACCUGAAGGAUACGACUGCUACUUUGAGAAUGUGGGCGGCCCUUUUUCAAGUGUUGCUAUUGCACAGAUGAAGGCAUUUGGGCGUAUUGCUGUGUGUGGAGGAAUAUCACUAUACAAUGACACCUCCCCACAAACAGGACCUUAUCCACAUCUCCACAUGAUUUUUAAGCAGUUAAAAAUGGAGGGUUUCCUGGUAGGCAGGUGGGAACAUAAAAAUAAAGAGUCACUGAAGCGAAUGCUGACCUGGAUGCAAGAGGGAAAGCUGAAGUGUAAAGAACAUGUUACAGUUGGCUUCGAAAACAUGCCUGCUGCGUUCAUGGGGAUGCUGCAAGGAGAAAACGUCGGAAAAGCCAUUAUUAAAGUCUAAGGGCAAGAGCUCCAGUGAUUUGCUCAUGAAACAACAAGCUUGCCUUUUUUAUAUGAAAUUUGCAUUAUUGAUUAAGGUUUGAUGUUCUGUUCUUUAUUUUGAUUUCAAAUAAAGCCUGUUUUCAUAAAUGAGUGCACAAUAUUCCCAAAACAUAAAUAAAAUGAUACUUUUUUUUUUUUUUUUUUUAAUUUAAGCAUCAUGGAGAUUUUGAUCCAACGAUAUUAACAUAUGUAGGUCUAUUAAGGCUGUUACUUAGCAUUAUUUAGCAAUUGUAAAUUCUAUGGUUAAAAAACAAAUUCUGUAAAAUAUGCUGAGUCAUCAUGAAGUAGAUGAACUACAGGAACAACAGCAUAUAACAGGAUACCAGUUUUGGGGCAUUGCAUAAUUUUAUGCGAUACUUAAACAAUUCGAUAAGCAUGAUUAUAAUAAAACUUAUUUCACCCAU